GAAAAAAUCCAUAAAAACUGUUGCCACCAUCAUCCAGAGGGCGCGACACAAUCUCAUGUAAUGAUAUAAAUAGAUUUUCAUCCCCCUAGAUUGGAAAAGUAGGCCUUUCCACGUAAAAUCGAUAUAGAAAUCUCUUUCCUCAAAUUUAUGCUAAACUAAAUAGAGAAAUGACUAGUUAAUCUAUUAGGGGAAAAACUCGCCCUUGCUCGAGUAUUGAGACAAAUUAGGCAUCAAACAAAAAUGUUGGAAGGAACAGUUGCAAGAAUCCUAAACCAACUAUUAGGAAAAUACGUCCAGGAUUUGGAUACGGAAAACCUAAAUGUAGGAAUAUUUUCUGGAACAGUGCAACUUAGUGACCUUAAACUUAAACCAGAAGCCUUGUAUGAAUUAAACUUGCCAAUCGAAGUGAGAGCAGGUACCGUUGGUAAAAUCUGGCUCCAAAUACCAUGGACUGCCCUUUGGAACCAACCCAUAAUAGUUAACAUUGAAGAUGUUCACUUAGUGGUGAAUCCUGUGGUGAGAAACGAACCGUUUGAUGCUGAAAAGAACAAAAGGCUUUUGAGGGCCUUCAAAAAACGCACCUUAGAACUUUUAGAAUACGAAGGAGGUAUCUUAGGAGGCCCUGCAGCUUUUGCAGAACACUUAAUAACAAACAUAUUGAAUUACUUACAAAUAAACAUCACUAAUGUCCAUGUAAGAUACGAAGACGAAUAUAGUUGGUCUAAUCCGAUUUCGGCUGGAUUGUGUAUCGGUUCAAUACAAGCCCAAAGCACCAAUAGCAAAUGGAAACUAGCAAAUUACGAGCCAAAUGCGCAAUUUGGUUAUUAUUUGGUAAAAAUUGAAGCUUUAUCUGUUUACUGGAACACCAAUGUGAAACCGAAAAAUUGGGAUUUGCCUGCACAAUAUUAUCAGUGGCGUAAUAGUAUGGUGAAUAGUUUGAAAAAUUAUAGUUUUGAUGAAGAGAAUUUCAAAUUUACUCUUAAUCCUAUGAUGUCAAAAAUAAAAAUGACCAUUAAAAAAUCAAAUGAUGGACAUGUAGCUGAAUUAAUUACAGAUAUUGUAGUGCAAGAUUGUAAUGUUCAAAUGUCCAAAGUGCAAUAUGAUUCGAUUAUGGCUGUAAUGGACAAUAUGGACAGGACAUUGAUAAGCUGGCAAUUUUUAAGCAAAAGACCUCAAGAGAAAAUUUUAGACAAUCAAGUAGUUUGGUGGAAGUACGCUUAUUGGGCUGUUUUGGAACAAAGAAUUAAACCUUUUACGUGGAGCAGAAUUAAAACUGCAAGGGCACAAUAUAGGCAAUACAUUGAGACUUAUAAGCAAAUUAUUACCAAUCCCAAUGAUACUGAAUUAAAAAUGGAUUUGCAAAAACACGAAGACAAUUUGUCGCUUGUGAAUGUUGUGAUUGCUAGACAACAUACCAGAUUAUUGAUGCAAUCCAAAAGCCAAAGCGAGAAAAGUUUCUGGUCGAUGCUUCCUUCACCAGAAAAAAUAGUCUUGUGCCAGAAAAUUGGAUACUACGACAAAGAAGAAAACACAAGAAUAAUUGAUCACACCUAUAAUUUUAAGUUAGGCAACUUCAAUUUAACUCUAACAAAUAACUCGAAAGAAGUUCUAGUGGCAACUUUAACCCAAACUAUAAUGUCCGUGAAUCCAAAUUUUGUUCAAGACACCUAUAAAAUGUCUUUGAAAAUUGAAGGCAUUAUAAUAGAGGGUAAUGGGCCGAAUAAUGCUUUAACGCCCAUAUUGUCAUCUGAACAUUUACAAGACAGCCCUGCCUUCUUUUUUAUGAUGAAUUUGGAAAAAUUGCACAAUAAUUUGCAUCGACUACUUGUUAAUUUAGGUUCAGUGGAGUGUAUCUACAACAAACAAUGUUUUCAAGAACUAGAAGCCUUUUUACAAGCAAAAAGCAAUAUCCAACGCAGAAAUUUACUGAAUUCCUUUAAAAAACUACCAAAUUUUAUACACAAAAAAGUCGCAAAAAUGAUUUGUGACAAAUGGGAAUUGAAUUUAAACAUAAAAUGUCCAUAUAUUGUAAUACCUGAGUCAAGUUCUUGCAUUGUAAACGAAGAAAACGUUUUGAUCUUGGAUUUCGGUAAAUAUUGGAUUAGAACCGAAAUAUGUCAGCAAACUCAAAUAUCAGAAAACGCUACAAAAAUGGAAACCGAAGAGCAAGUCUAUUCUAAGCUACAUAUAGAUUGUACAAACUUACAAGUAUUGUUUUGCGACAAAAAAGACCACUGGAAAGAAGCUAGAAACGAAAAAGACACUGACAUGCACAUUAUACCUAAAACUGCUUUUAAUGCUGUUUAUGCUUUAUCAAUUGUAAAUUUAAAUACUAUACCGAGGUUGAAAUUCAACAUUUCUUGUAACUAUUUCAAACUAAACAUUUCCGAAAAAAAGAUUGGAUCAAUAUUGAAAUUCUUCAACGUCGACCAAAUAAGAAUCAACGUCAUAACUGAAGCGAUGCAACCGGACUUGUACAAAAAGGACACGAUAAAAGAAAAACUAAAAUACAAAACGUUGAAAUCGAUGCAGGACAAAAUCAGUAUAUCUGAUACCUACAAAUACAGGAAGCAUAAAGUGAUAAAUGGACACAAUAGCAGGGAACUUGGCAAGAAUAAAAGUAUUGAUGUAAACGAUCUUAAAAAUAAUAUGAACGAAGCUUGGGCCAGGACAGUAGAUUUGCCCGGAUUAGAAGACAACAUUUCACCUAGUAAUAACAUUAAUGUUUUAUAUGGGUUUGUUGUCAAUGAGUUUACAAUGAUUUUCUCGAAAUCCAACGAUUGCACCGAUCGUCAAUACCUAAUGCUACGUCUUGGUCAAUUUUCCAUGGACUUAGCAUUUAUGACUUUCGGUCCAGCUUAUCAAAUAUCAAUACACAGCUUAUUAUUAACUGAUAAAUUGCAUACAACAUCUAGCGGACAAUAUUUGGAUUUGAUUUUUACACCCUUGCCAAAUAAUCUGGAUGUCGUUACUGUGCUUUAUAGAAAAGUAAGCGCCAAAUGUCCAGAGUUUUGGACGCACUUUCACGGCGUUGAAACUUCUCUUGUAGCCAAUUUUGGUACUUUACACCUGUUAUUACACCAAGAAGCCAUUCAUACCAUAAUCAAAUACACAAAAUAUUUUACUAAUAAAAUUCAGAAUCAAACUUCCAAAUAUCUGAAGGCAAGCAUUAAAAACUUCAUUGAAACUAUUAACAGAACUCUACAUAAACCUUCAGAUGUGCCAGUGCCUCCUGGCUCUGUAAAAUUUUCUCAAUCGGCUAGAAUGAGUGAUUUAAAUUUGGUUGUUUGCAAUUCCGACUUUGAUAUCAUCAACGUGCAACUUUCCGGUUUGGAAGUUGAUUUUCUUUUCAGGGCAAACGAACGAUUUGUUUUCAGGAGUUAUUUGGGCAGCAUCAACGUUGAUCAUUUGUCACAAGUUACUUUGUAUUCGAAGGUUUUAUACACUGAAGAAGAUAAAGUUUUUGAAGUCAAAUACGUCCGAAAUGCGCCUAAUUUAAAAAACAACGAAAUAGUUGAUAAGAAAUACGAAGAAAACUUUGAUGGCAGUUUUAAGUUUCAAUUAGGACGCAUUCAUUUUAUAUUUUUAUAUAAAUUAAUGGUACAAUUACAGAGAUUCAUAAUCAACUUGGAAAUAUUAGAAUACUUGGAAAAAUAUUUGCAACUAAUAAGAAAAACAAUUAAAACAGCAACAGAUACUUUGAAAAAUAAAACAAAAAUUAGUUUAUCAAUUAAUGUUUGUGGUCCAGUUUUUCUUAUACCGCAAAAAUCAUCAUCACCAAACGUCUUGGUAAUUGAUACUGGAAAUUUAAGAAUUGAAAACUUCUUUAAAGACUCAGACAUUGGAGUAGUUGAAAAUAUUCUAAUAAAACUCAAAGAGUUUCUUGUAACAAGAGGCGUAAUGAGUCUAACAUCAACCUUAGAAAUGCAAGAAACUUUAAUUGAACCAAUUUGCAUAAACAUGGACGUAAAGAAAUUCACAAACACCAAAACAUUGCAGAAAAACUGGGAAAUCGACUCAGUCCUUGAAAAAAUUGAAGUAACUUUGGGCCAAAAAGACUUAUCGAUGAUUAUGGCCAUUUACACUGACAACAUCGGCGAAGCUAAAAUUGUAGAUCUAUUACCAGAACAAAUCCGAUCACCCAUAAGUGAAAUAUUUGAACAAGACAAUAACGUUAGAGAACUAGAAGCCUUUUUCUGCGAGCCAAAACAAAAAUUCCUAGUAGGCAAAUGUAAAAUCGACGAAGUCAAAGUUGUCUUGUUUUUCGAUGCCGGUGAACUCUUAAGUUCACCAAUACGUGAUUUAAAUCACGGACUUUGUAAGUUGGAAAUCAACGAUAUCGAUACUUCUUUGGUGAUUUAUACUGAUAAAAGUUCAGAUGGGAAACUUUCAGUCGAUACGAUAUUGGUUGAAGAAAUUGGACCAGAUGCCAAUAUUCAUAGCAAAAUAGUUUUAAGUUCUCCAGCUGAAGAUGGCAGAAACAAUAAUAUUUGCAAUAUAACAGUCAACAAACCUCCAAUCAUAGACGUUAAUUUUCAUCAAAACAAAAACGAUGACCAAUCGGCUGACAUUAUAGUAGGCAGGAUGUGCCUGUCAUUGUCGGUACCAUUUUGCGAAAAAGUAGCUUUAUACGUACUGGAAUGUGUACCAAAAGACUAUCACGAUUUGGGUAUAGUGAACCAAGGAUAUGAAGGAGAAACUAGAAACAAUUAUCAAACCAAGAAAUUCUCAAAUAACAGCCUUACAGUUUCUGUUAGAGUAAAUAAGCCUGAAUUGAUGUUCCUCGUUGAAACAACUUCAAACAAAAAACGAUAUUUUAUAACAAAAAGUGAAAUAAUGAUCGAUUUUUCUAGACAUUGUAACCGUUUAAAUUUGGUAACAUCGCUGUCUGGUUUGCACAGCUUAUUUUACGAUCUCAGCGAAUAUUCCGACCAGCCUUAUGUGGUCUUGAAACAAUGCGACGUGGAAUUGAGCAAAAAUGUCGAAGACAACAACGAAAAAAUCAUUUUGAACGUUUCAGGGAUUUACGUGAAACUAUGCUCGGAAGUGAUUCACUCUGUAAAUGAUAUUUUAAAUGACAUUGUUGAACAUUUUAAAGUACCCGACUUGGACUUGGGAAAACGAACUCCGAGGAAGUUGAGCACAAAGGAAAUUGGUACUGAGGAAUUGUGGGAACCGAAGAAAAUGGAUUCAUAUGCUAAUAAGACAUCUGAAUCAAAUUCUUACCAACCACCAGUCCACAAUUCCAAUCAAUUUCUAACCGUACCAAAGUUUGAAAUCGUGUUGAUAUUCGAACUGGAACAAAUACAAGUUUUACUAUUGAAAUCGUCCAUUGAAGUACAAGUGCAAGACUGGAAUUAUUUACUAAAUUUGACCGGAGACGUUUCGGUGCAAGCGAAUUAUUUCAACGAGAACGCUCAAAGUUGGGAGCCUGUUAUCGAGCCUGUUGUAAUCGACGAAAGGGAGUUUAGAGCCUGGGAGUGUCAUUUUAGAAUUUUCCAAGACAAAUCCCAAAACAUAAACGAUCCAAAAGAAUCCAAAAAAAAAUCCUCAACAAACUCAAAUAAAACUCAAAAAUCGUACACUACAACAGAAAGUGAAGAUUCCGGUGAAGAUAUGAUGUACUUGCAGCCUUUAAAUAGCUCCAAUUUAAAUAUAAAUCGUAGAGUGAAAGCAAGUUUGAGUACAUUUUUAGACGAUUCAGACAGUGAAAAUGAUGAAGGAGCUAUGGAAAAAUUAGCAGCUGCAAUUUCAGAUUUAUUUACAGGUGAUUGGAAUGAACACGAAGACAGUGAACUUGAGCAUUCUAGCGAAGACGAAAACGACUUAGUAUCCGAAAUCACCAGACCAAAAGAAUUAAGUCAAGAAGAACCAUUUGAAAAAUGCUUGUAUGUCUUGAUAAACACAAAAGAAACCUUCAAUGUCACAAUAACGCCGACAUUUUUAAAAGUACUUAACGAACUUGUAGCUCAAUAUUCAAGCAAAAUAAUUUAUGUUAAACAAGAUCGCAAAUCCAUAAACGUUAUCAAUGAUAUCGGGCCUCAAACAAAAGUGGAAUUGUAUGAGAAAAAUACCCAAGAGGACAUUUUAAUAAGUAUGAAAAAAUUCGAAAAUGAAGACUCAGUUCCUAAUAGCCCUAAUAAGCAAAUUGUUCAUCAGGAAAGUAUUGCUUUUGAGGAAGAACAUUUAGAACUAGAACUUAAACACGAUUAUGAACAAGGCUACGACUUCACAACAAUACGCAGCCUGAAUUUUCCACAAGAAACUACUUCAACCCUCUACGAUAAAAUCAACAAACACUAUUUGAAAAUAUUUGUUUCAAGUUUUGCACCAGUGCAAACAAAUUGCUCUAAAAGAACUUGGGAGAAACUAGUCAAGUUGCAACCGAUCAAUUCCAACAACACAUCAUUUGCAAACUAUUAUUUAGCUGUCAGACACAAUAUUGGACGAAUGGGACGGGAAAUUGUUGUUGGAUCUCCUCUACAGAUUCGUAAUGAAACAUGUUUCGCUUUGAGCAUCUUAUACCAACCCUCAGUGUUGCAACAAAUGAACGUUGAGCCUGUAGGCGAAGUAACAAAUCCUUUUGAAACCACAAUGAGGAUUGCUAUUUUAGAGGCUCACGAAACUUAUAAUGUUCCUUUAUACAUUGCCUAUCAUUGCAAAUUGUUUAUACAACCUGCAUAUGCUGAGGGUCAUUAUGCAUCAGAGUCGGGCAUAUGGUGGAGAGACAUGGCUCGAGAAAUGGAUACAGGGUAUAAUUUGAUUUGCAAACCUAAAAACGAAUCAAAUUUGGAACUAUUCGCCUUAAGGGUUUUGUUGAAGAGGAAUUUGGAAGUGAAAAAUUCCCUGGCUCAUUCUGUGCCUAAUUAUUUGGUACGUCUGUUGCCACCUUUGACUAUACAAAACUUUUUGCCUUACACUUUAGAAGUGGAGAAUUUGCAGUUGAAACAGGUGGUCAAAUCUGAGCCAGGCGAGAAAUGCAGCAUUUACUCUUUGGACUUGGCAACGGAUCAGAAAUUUGCAAUUAAAAUGACAUAUUCCACGUUAACUUGGCACGGUAUUUUGAACGUUACCGGCCAUUUGGACGACAAGCUCAUUAUGAUGAGUUCUGAACGGAAAUGCGAGAAAAAAGAUGUUUAUGUUAAUGUCAAGUGCGAAAGGGACGGAAGUUGCAAUUUGAUUUUCUAUUCGCAAUAUUGGAUUGUCAAUAAAACUGGAUUGCCUUUAAAAGUCAAGGCAUCGAAUUCGCCGAACAUUCAAGAUUCACCCAACGACGAUAUAUUGCUGUUCGCCUACAAACGUCACAGCAAACAAACCUUAAACGUUCAAGUGUACGAUUCUGCGUGGUCCAACGAUUUUUGCGCCGAAUGUUCCGGUACAACCGGUUUGGUCGUCUGCAAAGACAACGAACGCAAAAAACGUUACAUGCUCUUCAUGAAUUCGAAUUUGAGCAACUUUUGUCCGAGACUGACGAGAAUCGUGACGAUUUUGCCUAGUUUUCUAGUCACGAACAAUACUGGAAAACGAUUGAGAUUUAUGGAAGACAAUGAAAAAACUGAUUUGUGGAUCGACCUGGAUCCUUCACAAACAGUUAUUUAUUGGCCCGAUACACCUUCGAUGCAAAUCUUUGUCAAAUACCGCGACAGCAAUUUAAUUUCUCAAGCUGUUUUUACUUCUAGACAACACAAAACUGUUUUAAGAAUGGACAAAGGAACAGCAAUUACAGUUGAAGCUACAGGAGGCACUUCGGGCCCAUUUCGUAUUAUUUUCAACGAAUAUAAAACAGGCGAUUGUCCGGUGCUGAUUAAAAACUACUGUGCCGAUUUAUAUUUGAAAAUCCAACAAAAAGAUCAAAGUCAUGUUAGCUUGUUGAAUCCUAAUCACAGUUUACUGUAUACCUGGGACAAUCCUGUUUUGUCCAGAGUUUUAACUUGGAACGUUUACAACAAUAAAGGUUCUGGAUUUAUUUUAGAUGUUUAUAAGGAUGGGUAUGGGGAAGAAAAAAUCAAAUUCCAAUCAGUAUCGACCAAUACUAGCCAACAAGAAUCGUCUUCAAGUGAAGAUUCAGACAGUUCAAAUAGUACUUUAAAAAAACUAAACAAAAAAGUUAGAAAAGACAAAAUUAUUAUUUAUUGGGCUUGUUUUGUCAAAGGCCCUCAAAGAAUCUUGCUCUUCACUCAAGAGCAAAGGAUUUUCGAAAACUUGCUAUCAACUCAUUUUCAUGAAACUUGCAACUUUGAAGCCCUUAUUUCAAUUUCUGGAAUAGGUUUGUCACUAUUUACAUCUGACAAUGAUAAAAAAGAACAUUUUUACGCAAGUCUAUGUGAUUCACCUGCAAUUUGGGAAGUAAAUGUUGGUCAGAAAUGGAAAACCUUGACGCUGGAACUGGCUUCGUGGAUUGAAGACAAGUACAAACGUGCAACCACGAAUAAAAAGUGUCAAAUAAAAGAUUACGUGCACAUUGAUUUUGAAAAAAUGUUUAUGUUAAAACCGUUUUUUGCUGAGAUACGACGCACCUACGCCCCAGCGAUUAGUUGCCAAUUAAGGAAAUCUCCAAAAUUCCAAUACAUAGAUUUUCGUUUGAAUUACCUACAAAUCGACAACAAACAAAGCAAUUGUAUCAUAUUUCAACCGAUAAUUGUCAAUAAUAAUGGUGAUAUGCACAGUCAAAAUUCAAUGUUUAAGCUGGUGAUUUCGAAGCAAAUUGAGCAAGAUUUUGAUUAUUACAGGUUUAUUAAAAUUGACUUAAAUGAUGUGGCUUUGAAUGUGGAAAACGAUCUUUGGACAAAAAUAGGGGAAUUUUUGAAGGAUAUUAAAAAGUUUGGCAAAGACUAUAGUUGCUCUUCAGCUUAUAUUGUCGAUAUUACUUCGAUUAGGAAAAAUAUAACUUCUAGUUUAUUAUUUUCAACCAAAAAUCAUCAAUCAAGAAUCGAGCAUUUGAGUUUGUCAAGCUUUGGAGUUCAAUUGACAAUUUCCAAUAGGCUUCAGAUUGGUUUGUUGAGCAACACAAUGACCAUAAAUCGGAUUUUGGAUUAUUUGUUUCCUUAUAAUAUGGCUCCUUACAUGCCUAUGGAAGGGGUGCAUCAUAAAAUUACAGCAAUAGAGUGGACGGACAUUGACGAAAGUCUUAGAAAUUGUUUGGCUAAUUUAAUUGAAAAUGUCGCCUGUAGAUUUCUACAGCAGUAUUAUUCACAGGUUUUGGGUUUGCAAGUGCUUGUUAAUAGUUUCGAUAGACAAUCUGGGGUCGAGUCAAUCCAUGUCGAUCCUUCUCGUUCUGCCUCGGCCAUCCUGUACGGUUCCCAAUGUCUAUUAGGACACGUCACCAUGUCCCCUGCUGCCCUGGAAACUUGCAUCCUGGACGUUUUUCCAAACUUAAAUCUGGAAAAGGCCCAACCCAAACCUCCUAGCAGAAAACGAAGCAACGAAAGCUACGCGAUUUUGCCUAAAAUCAUCGCUAAUAGCGGCAGAAAUUUUGAAGUUGGAGUACCUAUUGCACUUGCGCAGUUGUUUGUUAAGAAUUAUAAUGGUAGUACCCAAUGUGAUGGCGAAAUGUUCUUCAAAACAUCAGGCAAAGCUUUAUUUUCUCUUAUAUCCAGACAUCCGGAUGAGAAAUCUGAUUUUGUCGAAUUGGCUAAAGAGGCCUUGAGAAGAGCGUUGAUUUUGGGUGAACCAAUUCGGAUUCAUCAAAGACUUACACGAUACAGAAACGUUUUGGGACUAUUGCCGUUUUCCUGUUACGAAUCGAUGGGACAAUAUUUAUUGGAGACUAUAGGCAAUUGUCGAUUUUCCAAUGACAGAUAUUGGUCUCACGUUGCACUUGACAAAAUUGGAAAAUCUAUUGUAAUAGUGUCUUUAGAGCACGUAAUUCGUAUAAACAAAUGUACUUUAUGGGGUCCAUGGGAAGUUGAGUGGAUGGUUGAUUUAGAUGAUAUAAUUUCUUUGCCCAAGAUUAAUUGCGUUGAAUUAAUUUUGAAUAUGAGACAGGCUGAAGCAGAGCAACAGAUAAAAAUUCCGGGACCCAAAGAAAUAUUGGUGUGGCUGCACGAAAAAAUCGAACAGGCCAUCAUAUUGAGCAUGGAAGAUAAAUCAUGGACCUUACAAGAAGCAGAUUAAAAUUUAUUGAAUGUUAGCAUAAAAGAAAAAUAAAGAAUUGAUAUUUUUAAGAUGUCAUAUCCUGG